AUGGAAGAAGUAGUUGUAAUAGUAGGGGCAGGGCCUUCAGGAUUAGCAAUCUCUGCAUGCCUAAACAUCCUUUCAAUCCCAAAUAUAAUCCUUGAGAGAGAGGAUUGCUCUGCCUCUUUAUGGAAAAAACACUCUUAUGAUCGUUUAAAACUUCACUUGGCAAAGCAAUUCUGUCAACUCCCUCACAUGCAAUUUCCCUCUAAUGCACCAACCUUUGUUUCAAAGAAAGGUUUUAUUGAUUACUUGGAUGACUAUGUUUCUCACUUUAACAUAAACCCAAAAUAUUGUCGAAUAGUCGAAUCGGCGGCGUAUGACGGAGUAGCCGGAAAAUGGCGUGUUUUGGCCAGAAAUAGUGUCUCAGAUCAGACUGAGGAAUAUGUUUGCAAGUUCUUAGUUGUGGCAACUGGAGAGAACAGUGAGGGAUUUAUUCCUAAUGUUAGAGGGUUGGAGAACUUUGAAGGGGAGAUUCUGCACUCUUCUGAAUAUAAGAAUGGAACCUCUUACGUGGAAAAGCAGGUAUUGGUUGUUGGAUCUGGCAACUCUGGCAUGGAGAUUGCCUAUGAUCUGUCAAACUAUAGAGCAAGGACCUCUUUGGUUAUUCGUAGCCCGGUACAUGUGCUCACCAAAGAGAUAGUGUUCCUAGGCAUGGUUCUAUUGAAAUUCCUACCACUCCCUGUGGUGGAUUCUAUAGUUGUGAAUCUUAGCAAACUCAAAUAUGGAAAAUAUUUGAGAAACAAAAUUCAAAGACCACAGAAGGGACCAUUUUAUCUCAAGGUAACCACCGGUCGAUCUCCAACUAUAGAUGUUGGGGCUCUGAAGAAGAUUAAGAAGGGAGAGAUCCAAGUUUUUCCUGGGAUAUCAAGCAUAAGAGGAAAUGAUGUCAUGUUUGAAAAUGGCGAUUUGCAAGAGUUUGAUGCUAUAAUCUUUGCCACAGGCUAUAAAAGCACGACUCGUAAUUGGCUUAAGGGUGGUGAGGAUCUUUUUGAUGAAAAUGGAAUGCCUAAAGUGAGUUUCCCGAACCAUUGGAAAGGAAAAUCUGGUCUCUAUUGUGUGGGAUUUGCAAGGAGAGGCUUGCAGGGCAUCUCAAAGGAUGCACAAAAUGUAGCUAAGGAUAUUGAUAUGCUUUUGAAGAUCUUUUGA